CUGAUGCGCUCCUGCACUGCGCCAUUUUGGAGGGGGGGAAACGAACGAGUUGAGUGUUCACCAGAAUCUCACCGUUUCUGUCCCGGAUGAUUGAUUUGAAGCUGGAGGUCCGGGGAUGGUUUGGAGGUGUGUGGUCCACAGAAGCAUUGCCCUACUUCUCCUCUGUGGCGUGGAUCCUUCUGGUUCUGACCACCGAGCCGAUCGCCCGGUUCUGCAGUUGAAAGGGUGCCUUUUACCGUGACUCAGUCUUAAAGAUAGAAGACUCCAGAACACAGCUGCACCAGCCGUUGGAAGGUGUUGGAAGUCCUGACAGAAGUGCAAUGCAGGUCCUGUAGAUUAUUUAUCAUCGGUACCAGAGGUGUGGUGCACAAGAGCCGUGCCACAGAAGAGCUGUGAAGGUUUAAGAGGAGAGCGCCCCCUGCAGGAGGAGAAAAUCAGACUCCCCCACCUGGAGAGACCCCUCCCCCCUACCCAGCCUGGGCCCUGUUGUAGAGAGCCCCCCACCCUGCUGUAGAGGGUCCCACCCCAUCCCACCCAGGCCCUGCUGUAGAGAGCCCCCCCACCCCACCUGGGGGCUGUUGGAGAGGGCCCCCCCCGACCCCACCUGGGGACUGUUGCAGAGGCCCCCCCACCCCACCCCAUCCAGGCCAAUCUGUAGAGAGACCCCCCCGCCACUGCUGGAAAGAGCAUGCUGUCCUCCUGGUCCCUCUGCUCCAUCGUCUGGUUAAACAGGGGCUUCAAGCUGAGGAAACGGCCUUCUCCCGCCAACACAGGCCAGGCGUGAGCGACUCCCGCGUCAAACCCCGCCCCCUUCCCCCUGGUCCCUCCUCCCGGCCCCUCCCCCUGGUCCCUCCCCCCCCGGCCCCAACCCCUGGCCCUGCGCACACUUGCCGUGCCCAAGCCACGCCCACUUCUCAGACGGCCAUGCUCAUAGGCUUCGGCUGAUUUGGGGGGCGGGGGGGGGGCGUGUGCAGCAGGAAUCGGUUCCAUCUGCCUCCGUCCCUCUGAACACCCCCGCCAGCCCCAGACAGUUGGAACCUUCCGGAAUAUUUUUUUUAUCUUUUUAAGAUAAAAAACAUUUAUUUUUUUAAAGUGUUUUUUUUUGCCUGGUGCACGUUCGUCUGACAAAAUGGCCGCCAAAGGAUUGCAGUGCGGGGCGUUGUAUGCCUGCGGAGGGGACCGGGAGGAAGACCUUUCCCUGCAGACUCAGGACGUCCUGCCGGACAGCAGGGCGGCGCCACGGGCGCCGGGGGUGGCGGGCGCCCCGGGGGGGGAGGAGCAGCGCCCCCAGCUGGUGGGCUGGAUCCCGGGGGCCGCUGAGCAGGGGGGCCAGAGGGACCCUUUCCCCAGCAGCUGUGCCCAGUAUCAGGAGCCUGUGAUGAUGUCGCCGCCGUCCAAUCAGCCCCGGCCCCAAAGACCCCUCCCAUUGACACCCAGGCCAGCCCCGCCCCCAUUACAUACAGCUAUUUCCCACCUGAUGCUGACAGAGCAGUUCUCACCCCCAGAACCUGCCCCCCCUUUUCUGGUGAAGUUGGUAGAGGCGAUCGAGAAGCAAGGUCUGGACUCUGUGUCCCUGUACAGGACGUCCUGCCCCAGCACCACCGGGGGUCAGAGGCAGAACUCAGACUGCAAGCUGCCGGGGGUGGAGCCAGGAUCAUGUGAUGUCCAGCUUCUCUCGGAGGCUCUGAUUGGCUACCUGCGCGACCUGCCCUCCCCCGUCAUUCCCUACUCCGUCCACUCGGACCUGCAGGCCGCAGUGCAGCAGGCAGCAGUGAGCUUGCAGGACUCUGUGGAAGCGCAGCCAUGCUGGGGGUGUCUGUCUGCAGGCGGGGGUGUGGUGGACGUCGCUGGGCGUCUGCGUGCAGGCGGGGGUAUGGUGGACGUCGCUGGGUGUCUGCGUGCAGGCGGGGGUGUGGAGGACGUCGCUGGGUGUCUGCGCAGGGUCCUGCAGUCCCCGGCUGUGCCCCUGCAGAACCUGCUCACCCUGCGCUACCUGCUCAGGCACCUGGGCCAGGUGUGCUGCCACUCAGAGAGGAACGGCCUGGACGCCCGGGCCCUGGGCCGAACCUUCGGCCCCCUGCUGUUCCACAGCCCCGCCCCCCGCGUGGGGGCGGAGCCUGAUUAUGGAAGCAUGGGGGCGGAGCCUGAUUAUGACAGCGUGGGGGCGGAGCCCGAUUCUGACAGCGUGGGGGCGGAGCUCGCUGCACAGGUGCUAGAGAAGAUGCUGGUGGAGAGGGUCUGGGAACUGGAGCUGAUCCCUCCAGCUCUUCCUCCUAAACCCCCCAAGAGCGAAGCCGUGACCCCCCCAGCCAUGGCCAACGGCAGCAGCGGUGGGCUGAGUGAAGCGGAGUGGUACUGGGGUGACAUCUCCAGGGAAGAAGUGAACGAAAAAUUGAGAGACGCCCCUGAUGGCACCUUUCUAGUCCGAGACGCUACCAGCAAACUGAAGGGGGAGUACACGCUGACACUCAGGAAAGGGGGGAAUAAUAAACUGAUAAAGAUCUUCCACCGCGGGGGCGGUUAUGGUUUCUCUGAGCCGCUCACGUUCCUCUCGGUGGAGGAGCUGAUUAACCACUACCGGCAGCAGUCUCUGGCGCAGCACAACGCCAAGCUGGACACGCGGCUGCUGUACGCCGUGUCCCGGCACCAGCAGGACCAGUUGGUAAAGGAGGACAGUGUGGAGGAAGUGGGCGUGCAGCUGAAGGUUUAUAAUGAGCAGUACCAGGAGAAGAGCCGCGAGUAUGACGUGCUGUACGAGGAGUACACCCGCACCUCACAGGAGCUGCAGAUGAAGCGCACGGCCAUCGAGGCCUUCAACGAGACCAUCAAGAUCUUCCAGGAGCAGUGCGAGGCACAGGACCAGCACGGCCAGGAACUCAGCAGGGAGGAGAUACAGCGAAUGCAGAGUAACUGUGAGAAGCUGAAGUCGCGGGUGACGGAGAUCCACCACAGCAAGGAGCGGCUGGAGGAGGCUCUGGAGCAGCAGGCUGCUGAGAGCCGUUUGAUUGACAGCAGGAUAAACAGCCUGAAGCCCGACCUCAUCCAGCUCCGGAAGAUCCGAGAGCAGUACCUGGUUUGGCUCACGCAGAAGGGCACGAGACAGACACAGAUCGAUGAGUGGCUGGGCAUCAAGACCGAGGCUGAAGACCUGUACUCUGUGAUGGAGGAGGAUGAGGAGGAGGCCCUUCCUCACCGCGACGAGCUCACCUGGUACGUGGGGAGCGUUAGGCGCUCGCAGGCCGAGGACCUGCUGAGGGGCCGGAGGCACGGAACCUUCCUCGUCCGCGACAGCCAAUCACAGAAGGGCUCCUUCGCCUGCUCUGUGGUCGUGGAUGGAGAGGUGAAGCACUGUGUGAUCUAUAAGACGGUGACGGGCUACGGCUUCGCGGAGCCGUAUAACCAGUACGGCUCCCUGAUGGAGCUGGUGCUGCACUACCGCGGCGCGUCCCUGGUGCAGCACAACCGCACGCUGAAUGUAACCCUGUCCUGCCCCGUGUUCAGCCGGCGCGGCGGCGGCGACACACACAGCCCCUGAGAACUACACUACCCACGAGCCUUUGCGCUCCAAACCAAUAAGCACAUGCGUUCCAGAAGCUCUCUGGUGCUUCUUUAAAAAUAAUAAUAAUAAUAAUAAAAAGAACUCCUGUCAGGGACUAAAAGGACCCAGGAAACCAUUCAGAGAGGGGGGGGGCAGGCAGACGGGCGGCCGCUGCUGAACAGGGGGGGGGGGGGCUGGGGGGGGGGGGGUUGGUUGUUGCCAGGUCAGGUGUUUUGGGGAACCCUCUACAGUUUAGAAGGGGCCUUAGUCCGCAGCUUUGGGCCUUUGAACCUCUCAGAGAACAGGAGAGAGAGCGACGGACUGAACACUGCAGAUCCAGGCACUUAUUUAGAGCAUUUCAUGCCAAUGAUGCUGCUGUGCGUCUGAUUUUAUUAAUUUUGGCAUUCUGUUUGGUGGACAGGAAGUUUGUCGAGCUACUUCCUGUAAGAGGCUGUGAGGAGCGGAGGGGCCUCAGUGACGUCUCCUCUUGUUUUAUGGUGUGGAAGCCGUGUUGAGGGUCAGUGGUGGGGGGGCUGGACUGACGUCAGGUUUAUUUCCACUGAUGGCUUUUGUGUGGUCGAUCUAUAAGCAGGUGGAACGGUUCGAACAGGAUCCCUGUGCCCCCCCCCCCCCCCCCCCCAAAAAAAAAAAACAAUUUUUUCUACAAUUAAUCCUGUGUCUGUGGAGACUGCCCGUGCCCGAGCUUAGCAGCAGGAUGAACAGGAAGCUUUCAUUCUGACCUUUGACCUUUACCCUACGACUCAUGCGUUUUGUAGGCGCGUUUUGAAAAAAUCCCUUUUUUGAGACGCUUCCUCUUCCUCUUUUAGGUUAUUUUAACACGCGCUGAUUCGCCGAACUGUACUUACGAAGCAUCGUUAUGAAAAUUGUAAAAAGGAAAAAAAUUAACCUGAAGUAGAAUAAUGCCUGUGAGGCCGUUUGAGUGACAGGUGAACCUGCCCACUUCCUUUCUCGUUUGCAGUCCUGCUGAAACCUGCUGCAUGCUGUCAGGUGGACGCUGGCCAGCCAAUCACGUCUCUCUCCUGAAGCACAGAUAAAACUGCUGCUGCUCUGUACGCAGACGCAGUGGCGUGAGAAAUCUCCAGAAAAACACAGAACUUUAAAAAAAAAAAAAAAAAAAACAAUAACUAGAAGAACAGAGAAAGCAUGGAAACUGUACUUUAGAUGUAUUAUGUAAGCACUUAGUACUAGUACUGUUAACAGUGUGUACGUGUAUGUAUAUGCACACAUAUAGUUACAUAUAUUUAUAUUUAUAUAUAUAUAUAUAAUACAUAUAUAUUUACAAAGAAAUUAACAAACCCGUCUGCAUCUCUGUUUGGGGUAUUGUCUGUCUCCGUCUCUUGUGUUUCUUUUUGUAAAUUCUUCAGUCGGGUUAAACACCGUUCACCUGCUGGCAAGUCAACUUCUAACUUCUUUUUUUUAUUAUUAUUUUUUUAGGAAAGACAACCAAUCAAAACUUGAAUCUGAGGUCAUGUGACAUGAACAUGAUGGGCGGGGUUGCGUCGCGGCGUGGGGUUGGGGGGGGCGGGGCAGCAGGAUUUGGUCUUUCCAGCACUAAAAUGCCUGAUUCAGCUGAUGACUGACACCUUUCAGAAAAGUCUGGACAACUCUAAUUGCGGCUUCUUUCCGUAAUUAGGCCCUCGGAGUGUUUCCACUAAACACUUAAAAAGAAAAAAAAGGAUCGACCCGGUACUUCUACAAAUGAAAUCUGUCAUUCGUUAUGGGUUGAAGCUGAAGUUGGAUGCCGAGGUUUCAUAGUGAUGACGGAUGAGGGCCUGUGAGGAUGAUUUUUUGAACGUUUACUGGAGGGCCUCGUUUUUACGGAUAAUUACGGCGGCUGCGACCGCGACCUGUACUGUUCGCACUUUUUUAGGGAGUUGGAAAAGCCGAUAGCGAUGGAGUUGUCUGAAGUGCCUUCUGUCAUUGGCUGUCAUUUUUUCUACGGUUUCAUCGCUUGGCUUGUCGAAGGUUCCAACCCCCGUGGCCCUGAUCCGAUCGCGAGUCAUUUCUGGCGUUAAUUACACCUGUCAGUCAGCAGGGAGAACUGACGCACUGUUACCUCUCAAGGCUUUUGCCGCUAAUUUGUGUGUGUGUGUGUGUGCGGGGCUUUCUGGGAACGAUGGCUCUCUGGCUCCAAAUUCUCCCCUUUUUGAAGGGCUCAUUGCCCGUUUCUGGGGUUCAUGGCUGUGUUUUCCAUGGUUGCUUGAAUAUAUUACAUUCAGUUCAGCUGAAUGCACUGGAUUCAGGUCGAAUCAGGGACUGUUAAAACCACACUCCUUGUAUCGAGAGAGCAGUAAGUCCACUGCCGUUUCAGAAAGACAGACGUUGUCCCCAAAAUUCCAAUUUUAAAGUUGUAUUUUGCAUCUUAGGCUCGGCUCUUUUGUUUAGCUGUCUCGUGAAUGAGUGUAGAAUUUAUGCUUGCACUCACUGGUUUGGAAACCUGUUGAGGAUAAAAUUAUUUGAUUGACAGUGUGGCACAAACCACAGCGCGACCACUACCGUACGAGGAUAAUGCACUUUGUCUUACACUUUACAAUUCUGUAAAAGUCUUAUGAUAACGAACAUCAUAUCCUUUGUUACUCCUUUUCAUAAUAAUAACGUGUAGCUAUGAGGUUCUAAAAUAUCGCGACGUUCAAUCUGUCAUGAAGGUGGCAAGCGACAUUGAACCGAUUACUGGAGCGUGAUUGGCUAUGGAAUUCAGCUCUAGGUGACCUAGCCUAGCAGGCCAUGUCGAAUUAGUCCAGUUGUUAGGUUUGUAGACGAGCUGUAAUAUUGAAAUAAAGCUCAGAAGAUUGAGAAUGGUGCAGCCUAAUAAAGUUUUUUGCGUUUAAGUGUUAUCAUCAUUGCGUUAACAGGUCGACUUGAGUUGUGAGUCUGAAAUGCUUAAUAUGGAGAAACAAGGUUUAUGGUGCUGGAAAUAAAAUGAAAAUUGCUAUUUUUCUACUCGGUUGAAAGCUCUUGGUUGAACUCUGUCCCCCCAAUGAAUGCGCUUCCAAAAUUGGCGACGGUUGCCGAACGACUAUUGUUACCAGAAGGCGGAAUAUUAGCUGGCCCAAUGUAAUGAUUUGUAAACGGAAACAACAAUUGUUUAUUUAUCAUUUAGCGCGCGCCCUUUCCCCCGUUUGAGACACACGGAAAACAAUGAUAUCAAAUCUAGUGAUUUCACUUUCCAUGUUUGUGUUUCCACCGAGUGAGUGAUAAAUUUGGCUGGCUGCGCAAACGGAAUAUAAAUAUAAUCAUAUGGCCUCUAGCCUUUAAAUCUGCCGAAUACACUGCUAUAGAGAUGCAUCUUAAGUGUGUUUAUAUAAUAUAGGCUUCAUUUUCUAAUCUGUUUUAUCGACAAGGAGCGCUUACCCAAGGUAGGCCGACAUGUUUCUUGGGAAACGUGAUUGAAAUUCAUGUUGGGUGACGGCUAUCUGCUGAAUAUUGGUCAUAUCAAUGCAAUGACAACGAGGACGAAAAUAUUUUAGUUCCCGUUGGACUCAGUUUUAAAUCAUAGUUUUAAGUAUAUCUGUUUGUUUUGUUGUGUUCAUUGUAACCACCGCAUCUUGUGAAGUAGCUAAGCUUCAACGUUUUUCUUCCAUACCUAAAGAAUAUGUAUGCUUACUAUCUAUAAUUGAUAAAAUGGGGGGAAAUGUAUUGUUUGUACAUAAAAGGGGCUCAUAGGUUUUCAAUUACCCACCUCUCGCCCUUUUUCCUUUACUUGAACAUUUUGAUCAUUUGGAUGUUCGUUCAUUGUACAUGUCAGUGCUUCCUUAAAACUGUAGAACCACAAAAUAUGGUUUUAUUUGCUGCUUGUAAAAAUACAGGAUUACCAGGAGCGACACGGGAAUCCUUGGACUUUGUCUCUUGGAAGCCCAGUUGACUAUUACACGUGUACAGUCCAUAAAAAGAAAUAACUUGAAAUGGUCUUUUUCUGGACGAUAUAGGCUAUUUGAUGUGAAAUAAAAGGUGAUGUCUUGGAAGCACAUGUCAAAGUAAAUAUGUGAAAACUGCGUAUUUUCGCACCUGCGCGAAGUGUUAGUUUUACGCACGCGGAACCGGCUCCGUCUCGGCGUUGCUGAGCGACCCUUACCCUAUCUUCUGCCAGUUUAGACUGACGGAUCGCUUGACAACAGAGCGAGGUUUCAGGGAAUAGGGUGGGCGAUUGCAAAGUGGGGAUUCAGUUUGACCUGCACUGAGAAAAGCCAAACUUUACCCUCGUAUUUUAACCUGCGUUUGCGUCUGGGACAAUGUUUGAUCUCUGAAAUCAUUCGAAGUUGAAGCAGCCACAACUAGUAGGCUAGAUAUCGUGUGUUUUAAAUAUACAUUUUUAAAACUGUCCUAGUCUUUCGCAGCACCAGUCUACUGGUUCCAAAACGCGUUGGGUGGUCCUGGCGGCCGAAUCUUCCUUCCUUUGUAGAAAAUACUUGGUUUUACCGUGCGUUUACCGUCAGAAAAAAACGAGCUUAUUAUGUUAACAAAAUAACAGAAUCUCUGCCGCUGUGAUGAAUGCCGCCAAGCGUGUUUGUACUGAAAUGUGUGCCCUAGUCAGAGCUUCCCCUCCCGUCCACCUGGAGCAGGCCGUCAGAGACAGGGAGCCCUGUAGGCAGCUCAAGAUUAUUCUAGGUUUGCCGUGUGCACAAUCGUUUUGUACUUAAGAGUAUUUUGUGUGUGUGUGUGUGUCCAGUCUGUCAUCAAAUGCAGCUGUUUUUCCCUUCGGAGAUCUCGUUUCAGUGUUGUGUUUGUCUCAGACUGGUAUUCAGUUUUGUAUGGUACUUCAAGAAGAAUAAAACGAUUAUUAAAAGUAA